AUGGGAAUCAAAUUCCUCGAAGUUAUAAAGCCGUUUUGCAGUAUAUUGCCAGAAAUAGCAAAACCAGAAAGAAAGAUCCAAUUCCGCGAGAAAGUAUUAUGGACUGCAAUCACAUUAUUUAUUUUCUUAGUAUGCUGUCAGAUUCCCCUAUUCGGUAUAAUGUCAUCAGACAGUGCAGAUCCCUUCUAUUGGAUUCGUGUUAUUCUUGCAUCAAAUAGAGGAACACUUAUGGAACUCGGCAUAUCUCCUAUUGUAACGUCAGGUCUUAUCAUGCAAUUGUUAGCUGGUGCAAAAAUCAUAGAAGUUGGUGAUACUCCUAAAGACAGAGCAUUAUUUAAUGGUGCUCAGAAAUUAUUUGGUAUGGUGAUCACAGUAGGUCAAGCUAUUGUGUAUGUCAUGACUGGUAUGUACGGCGAACCCAGCGAAAUUGGUGCUGGUGUCUGUCUGCUCAUCAUCAUCCAACUGUUUGUUGCUGGUCUCAUUGUGUUGCUGCUCGAUGAGUUGCUACAAAAAGGUUACGGUCUUGGUUCCGGUAUUUCUCUCUUCAUUGCGACGAACAUUUGUGAAACCAUCGUCUGGAAGGCAUUCUCUCCUGCUACUGUAAACACUGGUCGCGGCACAGAAUUCGAAGGCGCUGUGAUAGCACUGUUCCACCUGUUGGCCACGCGCCCGGACAAGGUUCGAGCCCUACGUGAGGCUUUCUACCGCCAGAACCUGCCCAACUUGAUGAACCUGCUCGCCACUGUGCUCGUCUUUGCGAUAGUAAUAUACUUCCAAGGCUUCCGCGUCGACCUGCCCAUCAAGUCAGCGCGGUACCGCGGCCAGUACUCGUCGUACCCCAUCAAGCUGUUCUACACCUCCAACAUUCCUAUCAUCCUGCAAUCUGCUCUGGUUUCUAAUCUCUACGUUAUUUCACAGAUGUUGGCCGUGAAGUUUAGCGGUAACUUCCUGGUGAAUCUGCUUGGCGUGUGGGCCGACGUGGGCGGCGGCGGGCCGGCCCGCGCCUACCCCGUAGGGGGUCUGUGCUACUACUUCAGCCCGCCUGAGUCGCUCUCACACAUCGCUCAAGACCCUCUGCACGCCGUCUUGUACAUGUUCUUCAUGUUGGGCUCCUGUGCGUUCUUCUCUAAGACCUGGAUCGAUGUUUCCGGAUCUUCUGCUAAGGAUGUCGCCAAGCAACUGAAAGAGCAGCAGAUGGUGAUGCGCGGCCACCGCGACAACUCGAUGAUCCACGAGCUGAACCGCUACAUCCCGACGGCGGCGGCGUUCGGCGGGCUGUGCAUCGGCGCGCUGUCCGUGCUCGCCGACUUCCUCGGCGCCAUCGGCUCCGGCACCGGUAUCCUGCUCGCCGUCACCAUCAUCUACCAGUACUUCGAGAUCUUCGUCAAGGAGCAGGCCGAGAUGGGCGGCAUGAGUACACUCCUCUUCUAA